UGAGAAGAGAGGAGAAAAAAUAAUGUCCCACGGACUGAAUAAUGAAAAUGACUUCGCAUGAUCCACACUUACCAUUUCUAGGCACAGUCCUGAACUACAGGGAUGCAUUCAGCUGAGGCCACAUACAUGCUAUACCUUUUAAAAAAAGGUAAAGGUAAAGGAUCCCUGGACGGUUGAGUCAAAGGCGACUAUUGGGGUUGCGGCGCUCAUGUAGCCUUCAGACCAAGGGACCCAGUGUUUGUCCACAGACAGCUUUCUGGGUCAUGUGGCCAGCAGAAGAACACCGUGCCAGAAAACAGAGCAGGAGCUGGGAUAGAGCAACAGGAUCUCACUGCUGACCUUCUAAUUGGCAAGCCAAGAGGCUCAGUGGUUUACACCACAGCGCCACCCAUGUCCUAUGUCCCAUGUCCCAUGUCCCCACCUAUACCUAUACCUUUAAGGCACAUUCAAAGCACAUUCUUUCUCUCAAAUAAUUCUGGCCACUGUAGUUUGUUAAGGGUUGCUGAGAAUUUCACAUAUAGACCUCUCUGUUCUUCCAUCACCAUUCAAAUCUAUCCUAAGACCCCCUUUUCUGCAAACUGGGUUUGUUUCUCUUCCAUGGCAGUUCUUUCCCAGUAAUUACCAAUGUCAACAAAGGCUUUCCUAAAUCCAUAUAUAUGUAUUUUCAUGUUGUGGUAAGUGAAGAAUGAAUAUUAAAUUAAUUAGCUGUGCCAUCCAGCUGCUAGGCGGAGAUGUUAUAGUUCUCCAUAUCUCAAUUACAUUUCCUGAAUGGACAAGUAUGAAUCUUCAGUAGAUAUUACAGAGAUUAGAAGUAGCAAUUAAUGCAAUUACAUAAACAGGUAGAUCAGCCAGGAAUUAACCAGAGGAGUAUAAAAUGCACUCAGAGUUUGUGCUGGAUUUAUUGCGCCUGAAGCAGAAUCAAUGAAGCAUCUGGUUCUUGUGUGAAGGAAAGAGCCGGUUGACGGUCUUUCCAGUUUGGCAUCACUUCACGGCUGAUAGGUGGGUGUCUGGCCAGUGUUCCAGGUUUUGCCUCUAUGUAAGUAUGUGGGGAAUUCAGGAAUGACUGCAUAUUUGUAGAUGUUGGCAACUUGUGCCCUACUGUCAGGGUGCCUCCAGAAUCCACACUGCCACUAUUUUGCAGGAGGGAUUUAAGUGUAUAUCAUAAAUUUAGACGUGUGCAAUUAAAUUGCUUGCUCACCCUAGUACAACAAAUCUACCUUUUUAAAGACAGGCUGCUUGCAGUAAGGAAAGUCACAGGAAAUGUACUGAAAAGCAUGGAAUGAAUUAAUGAGUUGCAGGAAGAUGUAUGGACACUGCACAAGCAAAUCAGGAUGGAUGAUCAUUAAAGACCAGACAUGGGCUUGUAUCCAUUAUAGCACUAAGUAAAUGUCUGCACAAUGCAAGGAUUUCUGCUUGCACAAUAGAAUUCACCUUUCUCCUCCCUUGUGCCCUGCUAAAUCUGUUCUGGCGGUUCUCCCAACUGUCCAAAGCAGAUUUGGUGAGGCUGCAGAGUGUGCACGCAGGGAGAAAACAGGGAAAAAUCCUGUCGCACAAGUAGUUAUCCUUGCAUUGAUGGGAUGAGGAAAAUGGAUACUGCCCAGUGUAUAACCUCUGUGUAAGCUUUCUGCAAGCAAAUUAGAAUGAAUGUUCAAUGAACAGGUCAUGUGGAGGAGCCCUCAGAAAAAGGACUUUUCCUAGGGAGGAUUCUGUGGCAUCAGCCAGAGGCUUGCCAUUCUGUCAUCGCUUUGUUCGUUCAACCUGACACUCUUAGCAGAAGGAGCUCUAUUUUCCCAAGCGAUACUAUAAUACUAGCUUAUGGCUUGCAAAUCCUGAGCAUUAUGUUUGACCUCUUUUUACAGUAUCAUUAACUUUGGUUUUACUGGGGCUGUUCUUAGUUUGCACAGAGGUUUUAGACUGAGGCAACCAUGUACUGAAUGUUAUGUGUUUCUCUGCCUAAAGAAAGGGAGGCUCAAAAAAUUACCAUUGCUUCUUUAUUCCAUCAUUUAAGAAUGCUUGCUACUGUAUGAUUGGCAGAACAUAAUCAUUAUUGUCCAAGUUAUAUGUGCAUGCACCCUGAAGCUCAAGGGUACUUUUUAAGCAUUGCUGAUCCUUAGAUAUGCAAGCGCAUGGGAAUGACAGGAGGAAGAGAAGGGCAAGGUAGCCUUGAUGCAGAGAUUCUCUGUGUCAGGACAAUUGUCUUUCUUCAAGAUACUCGUCUUUGCAGAUGUACAUAUUAUAGUUUAACUAGGAAUUUCCCACUUGGACCUGCCCUCCCUCAAUCUAGCUAGGGCACAAAUAGCUUACUAGUUAUUCUUUAUGUUUAUGUACACAGAGAACCCAUGUACCUGAUUGCAUAGAAAAAAGAUCAGAGAGUUUGGCAAUGGAGACUGGGAAAGUCCCUUAUAUUCUGUUAAUAAGCUACUCCUGACAUCACAAUGUCUAAAGUGACUUUGCCUUGCUUUGUUUUUGCAUGCAGCAUGAAUCCUGCCCCUUUCACCUCUCUCUUCCUAGUCUUUGCCCUGACUUUGGGGCAGAGCAUGUCCCUUUGUGUCCCCGUUGAGUACAUCAUCCACGUGGAGAAGAGAGAAUGUGCCUUCUGCCUGGCCAUCAACACCACCAUCUGUGAAGGAUAUUGCAUGACACGGGUACGUUCUUACAACACACCAUUGAGUCCCUUCUUGGUUGGUUAGGAAAAAAAAGAGUUUUAAGAAGUAGCUUAGGCCUUAGGAGAAAAUAGGAAAGGAUUAUUAGACAACAGAGAAGACGAAUGAGGUGAUAUAAUGGUUUGAGACAUUAUACUAAAUGUGGAGGUGAAAUGGGAGACACUGGAGUAGUUGAGGCUUUGAAUCAAUGGACUUUUCAGAGACAUGGAAGUGAUCAAGGACAGCUAUCUGUCGCAAACUAUCAUCUUGCUUCUACUAUGACAUUUUUUUAAUUUUUGAGGAAAUGAUUUUCCUUAGCACAUUCAAGAAUUAUUUUUUGCUUUUUUAAUUCUCAUGAAAAUUGGGUUAGCCAUGUGGGUUAUAGGGCACUAAAGAAAGUGGAGAAUGUGACUUCACCCCACCAGCACACAGCAGGCCCUCACCCAUUACGUGAUGCUGGCUUAGGGUUGGUGUUGUAGUAGCUCUUCCUCAUGGUCUUCAGUAAUGGAGUGCCAGGAGUGUGGGUAGAGAGAGGUGGAAUCAAUAUGACACUCAUAAAUAGCAACCAAAACAAAAGAACAGCGAUGAAGGGCUGUAGGUAAGAAGAAUGUGGCCGGGGGGGGGGGGGGAAUUGCAAUUACGAUGAUGACCAUCAAUAACUGAUGGGUGGGAACUAAGAGCAGUAUGUAUUGGCAACAAAUUGGAUCUGAAAAAUCAAAGGUCAUGGCGAAAGAUUGCACUCAAAAGGGUACCUGAGCAACAGGUUGAAAAGCAGGAUUAGCAAAGUUCCACCAGUUUAAUGAAGGUAAAUGUUGAAAGAAUGAGCACAUGUUCAGAAAGCAAAUGGCCACUAGAAAAGUGGAGGGCCAAUUCAGAAAGUGAAAAAACCAAAAUACAGAAUUUCAUAUUAACUAUUAAAGUAAUGGGGCAAACCAAAAGAAGAGGGCCAAAAGAAGCAACCCUUCCCCAAAUAAUCAUACCAAGGAACUACACAAGGAACUGAGCUCGUACCACAAAUUCAACAUUAUGGUGGGACUGUGCCUAUGUCAUAGCUUGAAAACCCGUCACAAGGAUGAAAUGGCCUUUCUUGCUUCAGCAGCAGUUACAAAAAUGUGACCGUUGGGGAGGUGUAAGAUGGAGAGAUUUCUAUCUGAGCACAACAUAAAUUAUGCAGGUAGGAUUAAGCAAAAAGCAAUAACCACUGGCAUUCUCUUACAGGACAGCAAUGGUAAGAAGCUGCUGCCCCAGAGCGCCCUGUCCCAGGAAGUGUGCACAUACAAGGACAUGGUGUACAAGACUGUGAUGAUCCCUGGCUGUCAACACCAUGUCGUCUCCUACUAUUCCUAUCCUGUGGCUGUGAGCUGCAAGUGUGGGAAAUGCAACACUGACUACAGCGACUGUGUGCAUGAGGCAAGCAGCACGGAUUAUUGCACUAUACCUCAGAAGCUACAUAACCUAUAAGGCCCCUUCUUUCUCUCUCUUGCACACAAAGACACACUAUCCCUCCUGUCACAUGGCAAGUUUUGGGCAUCCAAGAAUAAAUAGAAUGGUUAGCAUA